UUCAAUUUCAGAGGGGGGAAAACAUACAGGGCCCGUCAUGGCGGCUUUCGUCCACUACGGAAAUCGGCCGCUAAAAAGACCGAGAUUAGGGGCCCCAGACGUCUACCCACAGGACCCAAAACAAAAAGAAGAUGAGCUCACAGCAACCAAUGUAAAGCAAGGCUUCAACAAUCAGCCUGCCUUCGCAUCCGAUGAGUAUGGCUCAGCAAGGAACAGUCACAUCAACCCGAACAAGUUCGGUGCUUGUUUUAGCACCCUCGUGGCCGAGAAACAGAAGGUCAACACAUUCCAAGACUCAGGAAAGAAGAAAAUACAGAUUUCCAAGGACAACUACUACCCAGUGACACAGACCACCAAGUCCAAAGCAGGAUUGCAGGCUUGGUUCCAGGAUCUGGCAGGCAGCAAGCCUCUGCCUUACCUGGCAAAGAGGGUCCCCCUUUUCAACAAGAAGGAUGACAUUUUUGUGACCCUGUGCGAGUACGACGUACCCUUGGUGCGGGCCACGUGGUUCCUCAAGAUGACCGCCGCCCACUCGGCCGCCAUGUCUGAGACCAAGAUGAAGAAGCGAGCACCGAACGACCCCUCACAAGACUGGUGCCAAAUGCUGACCAAGUUCUUGCGGGACCAACUGACCAAGAUCAUCGAGUACCAUCACACCUUAGCCGCCACCCAGUCCGCCGCCAUGUCUUGCCUGGGGUCUCUGUCGGCCCCCUCUAGUCUGCCCUCGGAGAUAGAGCACGCCUUCAAUUUGUGGCAGUACAGUUGCCGACUGACCAGGUACCUGUAUCAGGAAGGGAUGCUGGAAUGCCACGAGUUUCUGUCUUGGCUGGUGGAAAUCACUGAGAAGGUGAAGCCGCACGACGACAACACGUUCAGAAUGGUGCUGCCGUUCAAUCUACAGUUUUUGAUGGAGUUCCUACGGAGUCAGAUGUUGUCUCGUCGCCUGGCCUACAUGUGCGUCCGUCGUCUGACGGCAAUCAUCAACGAUGCUGCAUGCGCCACCAACCCACCCACACCAUCACCACACAUGGUGACGUCACCCACAAGUGUAACCAUGCCGACAAACCAGCCCACCCCCCAGCAACCACUGGCGGCCAUCUUUGCCGAGUACACCUCCUGCCCGCAGCACCGGCCCAUCAUCGUAGGGCUGAGUAUCAUCCUGCAGCACAUCACGCUGCUCUGUCCUAGCGCCCUCGUGUGGAUCAACAUCGGCGAGGGCAAGAGCAUUAACGUCCCCGGCUCCCCGCUGGAUAUCCUGCCCUGCGCGCCCAGUAGCUUGCCCCUGCCUGGCCAGCCAUCCAUACAGAACCACCAUAUUCGGGCCUCAAUCCGUAACGCCGAGCACCAGAUCAAAAUGAGAAGUCGAGCCGCUGAGGUGAGGUGGUCGUCAGACAAGUGUCAAGAAUCAACCACAGACUCCAAGAUGGCCGCCCUUUGUUACCAUGGCAACAACCCUGAUAUGUCAAUGUAUAACCUGGGAGGUCAUACAAUCAGUCGUGUGCUUCAUGUGCUGGAGUUGCUAGACAGACACUGCUUCGACCGAUGCGACUCCACCAAUUGCCUGGACUCCCUGUACAAUAAAAUCUUCAACAGCCCUCCCAACAAAGACGGAGCCGAUUUGCCGAUGAGUGACGAUCCCAUUAUCUUGCUGCUGUGUGAAUGGGCAGUCUGCUCAGAGCGUAACGGUGAACACCGAGCCCUGGUUGUGGCCCAGCUCCUGGAGAAACGUGUCGUUGACUUGGAAAGCGAGAAGGCAGAGGCAGACUUGUUGGAGGAGAAGGAAUCUCUCUCCACGGUUUCCCUCAUGCCGGGAUCCAUGCCCAUGCUCCAGGGCCUUCUCACGCACUUCCUGGACACCCAGGCACCAAUCUAUGUUGACGAGCAUGGCCCGAUUGACGACAGACGAGCCUUCGCCAGUCUGGUCCUUCUCUUCAGCGAGCUGAUCCGCUGCGACGUCUUCUCCCACGAUUCUUACAUGUGCACCUUGAUCUCCCGAGGCGACCUGACGACGAGCCCUCCGCCCCCGGCAAACAGCGAGCCCCCGCCCUCCAGCGAGAGAAUGGAGGUGGAUCCUGAGAAGAGAACACCGUCUGAGAUCAAGGAAGAGCCAAAGGACAUGGAUGACAUUGAAAUCAAACAAGAGCCCGAGGAUAAAGAAGACUACGACGACUCCGAUGAAGAUGUAAAACCCGGCGCCCUCCAGAAGAAGGAAUCCGUCUCCUUCCAGGAGAAAUUCCUGGAGGCCAUCCAGUCCAACAAGCUUACCACGGAGCCAGACUUCUUCGAGGACGAGAAAGAAGACAGGAAGAAGGUCUUCCGCGAGGGGGCAUCCCCCUCCCCGUAUCUCCCCAAGCCCAACCGGCACCUCAUGUACGCCACCCACUUCCCCAUCCCCCAGGACGAGAUGUCGGCCCACGAGUGCAACCAGCGGCUGGUGCUCCUCUACGGCUUUGGGAAGGCCCGGGACGAGGCGCGGCACGCCACGAGGCGAAUCCAGAAAGAGACGCUUCGUGCCUUGGGCAGCAAGAAGGAGACCCCGGGCAAAGCCAAGCAUAUCAAAUCGGAAGGCCAGCCCGUCAGCUUCGAGCAUGUCCUAGAGCGGUACCGGACGCUGUCCUUCUUUGACCAGCACAUGGUGACGGCGGCCUGCGCCUCCCACGUCCUGGAGCAGGUCCAGAGCUGUACUCGAGGCUCCCUGGACAACCUCCCCUCUGUGGAGCAGAUCACCCUGGUCUUUGAGCUGAUGGAGAACGCCUUGAACAUCCAUGCACUCUUGGACUUCUCAGUCCAGCUUCUGAACUACAUGAGCAUCGUUGAGGUAACACUGACGCAGAAAUCCUCCCCGCUGGCUGGGAAUUACACCCCUAAUCUCUGCUUGUCCAUCGUGGCAGUGCUGCGGAGAUACCAGGCCUGUUUGCUGGUGUCACAGGAACAAACAGCCACUGUCUUUGAGCUGCUGUGUGGCAUAGUCAAGCAUGUUACCAAUGUGACUGUAUGCUCCUCUGCUGAACGCUGCAUCCUGGCAUACCUGUAUGAACUCUACACUUCAUGCAGUCACGUCAAGGCCAAGUUUUCCGACAUGUUCAGCAGCGUUGCAUCCAAGGUGAAGCAGACACUGUACACCAGUGUGCAUCCCUCCGAGUCCAAUCCGCUAUGGAAUCCUAAACUCCUGCAGGACUACAUCCAGAACCCCAGGGGUCGUCAGUUUCACCACACCUCAUUAGGCAAACAGCUGAAUGAGAGCUCCACAGACCGCUACAGCUUUGUGUGCAAUGCCCUACUCAGCAUUUGCUGCCCUACAGAUGUGCAAAUGUUGAAUGACCUAUCCAUCAUGUGUGCUGAGCUGACGUCAUGUUGCAGUGCCCUCAGCUCUGAGUGGCUGGGCGUGCUUAAGGCUCUCUGCUGCUCAUCCAACCCAAGCUGUGGAUUCAACGACAUCCUCUGCCAAGUUGAUGUGAAUGAUCUGUCCAUCCAUGACUCGGUCGCGGUCUUUGCCGCCAUCUUGAUCGCCAGGCAUUGCUUUGCAUUGGAGGACGUAGUGGAACACGUGGCUCUGACGUCUCUGCUGGACUUCACUACGCCGUCACUCAAUGCUGGAACUCAAAUGGAGUCAGACGCAGAGCCCGGAGCCAGACUCAUGUGCCGGCUACUACUGCGCUUGCUGACCACGGGUCCGUUGCCAGGCCAGUCGGACAAGAACGGCUACUACGUCAAGUCGUCAUGUGACCAGCACCUUCUGGCCGCAGCCCAUCAGAGCAUCAGCGUGGAGGCGUUGGUCGGUGUCCUGAAGGCAAUCUUGCUAUUGGGUGAGGCCGGCGUGGGCGGAGGCACCAGCGGCAGCUUUGAUGACUUCACGGACGACCCGAAAUCCUCCAGCUCCAUCGAGACAGCCAGCCUGAGUGAUUACGCCAAGUUCACUCUCAAGACCAUCUGCAGCCAGAGCUGGGUGCGGGAGAUCUUCCUGAAGGAUCCGGACCGGCUCUGGACCAGGGAGGUGCUGCUGGACCAAGUCUUGUCCCACAAACACGCUCACUACUUGGUGCAACUCAUCUGCUACCCUAAUGGAGUCCCGCCGAUAUCGGACGGCAGUUAUGAGAGCGAGCAGAAGCAGGCUAUUACUAGAAUACUCAGGAGUCUUGACCAGUGGACACUGCGAGUCUCGUGGCUGGAGCUACAACUCAUGCUGAAGCAGUGUGCCAACUCCGAGAUGAACCCUCUCCUGGACAACAUCGCCAAGGCAACCAUCGAGGUAUUCCAGCAACAGCAGGGCGACGAGGGCUCGGCAGCUUUGAAGAGCGCCCCCUUGAGUCAGAACGGACAAAGGAAACUGGUGCAACAAAUCAAGUCAGAGCAGGAGCGUAGCGGUGUCUGGCUGGUAGCUCCCCUCAUCUCCAAACUAUCCAGCCAAGUCCAGGGACGUGUCCUGAGAGCUGCUGGCAAUGUCCUGGAGAGCGUGGGACAGACCUGGUCCAAGUCCAGCAAGGACAAGGACAAGCAUGGACAAAAAACUCAGAUGUCCCUUGUGAGCCACCAGCCCCUCUUAUCCUUGGUGUUGACCUGUCUCAAGGGUCAAGACGAGCAGCGUGAAGGCCUCCUGACAUCCCUCCAGACACAACUCACUCAGUUCCUGCAGUCCCCUAAAGAUGAUCGUUGGGAGGAUGAGCAGAGUCGUAGGAUGAUGCAUGAAGCUCUGCAGCUAAGACUGAGUCUGGUGGGUAACAUGUUUGACACCAUCCUACGCAGCCAGCAAUGGACCACAGAAUUUGCCCUGCUUCUACUGCAGCUAAUCACCACAGGAACCGUGGACACACAUUCCAACAGCGAGCUCUUCACCACAGUCCUGGACAUGCUGUCCGUCCUGAUCAACAGCACCCUGUCCAGCGACUGCAGCGAAGGGGAGAAAGGCCGAGAGCACCAGACGCUCAUCAAGAAGCUCAAGAAGGAGCUCGGGGACAAGCACUCGUACGACAUCGACCGUGUCCGGCAGCUCCUGCCGGUACCUAAGAAGACCUGUGACGUGGUGACUGUGGAGCCCAUGGGCAGCCUGAUUGACACUAAGGGAAACAAGAUCGCUGGCUUUGACUCGAUUGAUAAGAAACAGGGUCUGCAAGUGGCCUCCAAGCAGAAGAUCAACCCCUGGGACACCCUGGAGGCCUACAAGAACCCUGCCCCUCUCUCCUGGUCCUUCUUCCGGGCAGUCCGCAUGGAGCGCAAGCCCCUCAAGUACCAGGAGCAGUUCCGCCUGACCCACUACCACACCCACAACCGGGAGAAAUCCGACGAUUACUACUUCCAGCCGCCCCAGCUGCCCCCGGACGAGGAAGAGCCGCCGCAGCCAAUCAGCAGCCAGGAGGCGGAGAAGGUUGCCAUGGACUCGUCGGGCAACAGCCUAUCAGAGAGCAGCAAAGGGGAGGGGAGUAGCGGGGGCGGGGCCGGGGAGAUGACCAGCAGCACCACUACGAGCAAAAAGAGGAAGCGGGCACCGAGGAAGAAGACGCCCACACCGGGCCAGCAAAUCAUGAGAGAGCCGUUUUCUUACAACCAGGGCAUGGCAGGUUUUCCUGAGCGUCCAUUCAUGCAACAGCAGCAGAAUUACAUGCAAGGCCCGUUCCCCUACCAACAACCACUACCACCAGCAGGACCUUCUCGCAUGGACCGGCAGAUGCCCAUCGGCGGCAACUCCAAGGCGGCACUGCGCAACAUGCUGGUGGAUAGGAAACAGCCGGGGAACCAGGGACACAACCAAGCGUCGUAUCACCUGAUGCAGAAGCGACAGCAGAUGGCCCAUUUCAAGCAGCAGCAGCAAGCAGCGCGAGCCAUGGGGGGCUCCAACGUCUCAGGGGACAUGUACAUGCCUUACAAUAAGGGUCCCCAUGAAGGACCCAUGCACCACAUGCAGCCUGGACAAUCUCAGGUGCCGACCUCAGUGAGUUACAGUGGUUACAGCGGCCAGAUAAUGCAGCAGGGGCCGCUACCCAACGAGACCAUGGUCUCCCCUAACUACAGCCACUACAGCGCCCACGGGGGCCAGCCCGUGGGGCCCGGGGGUAUGAUGGGACCCGGGAUGGGACGGCCACAGCUACAGCAGGGCCAGCAGGGUUACAUGAGCCAGCACAGACAGGUGCCGGAAGCUGUCAGCAGGCUGCAGCAUCAGCUGCAACAGCGAGCCUCCUCCAUGCAUCACGGCGUGGCACAGGGCAACCUGAUACCCCAGAACCAGCCCGGCGCCCAGCACACCGGCGCCCAGCCUUACAUGCCGCAGGAUCGCCAGCGCCAGGCGCUGCAGCAGCAGCGGCUUGCGGUCCUGAAAACACAACAGCAGCAGCAGCACCAGCAGCAGCAACCGCAGCAUCACCAGCAGGAUCAGCAGACAGCUAGCCUGGUCAGCAGACUCAAGAGUCAGAUGACGCAGGGAGCCCCUGGGAACAUGGGGCCUGGCCAGGCUAUGCAGCAACAACCCCCACCACAGUAUAACCCCUACCAACAACCGUAUUGAGUUGAACAAUGCUACACGUGGUCGUAGUCGAGUCCAAUCACAAGGCAGUUCACAAGUCCAGUCACAACUAGAUCACAAGUCCUGUCACAAGUAAAUCACAAGACAGUUCACAAGUCCGGUCGCUAGUAAAUCACAAGACAGUUCACAAGUCCAGUCACAGGUAUAUCACAAGUCCAGUCACAAGUAAAUCACAAGGCAAUUCACAAGUAAAUCACAAGUCUUGUCACAAGUAAAUCACAAGACAGUUCACAAGUCCGGUCGCAAGUUAAUCACAAGAAGGUUCGCAGGUCCAGGCGCAAGUUAAUCACAGUUUGCAAAUCCAGUUACAAGGCAAUUCACUAGCCCAGUCAUAAGUCAAUGACAGUCAUAAGUACCACUGGGCGAGUAACUCCAUUACUCGAGCACUCACGAGUAGUUUAUGCCACUCGUUGAUCCACUCGUGGUUUUUCAUCUACUCGAGUACUCGUCCUGGUGUGAGUAGAAGCAGGUACUCAGGAGUAGCAAUUUGGGGUUCAGGGUUCACGGCUUAAUACGUCCCCUGCAAACAGGGAAUCACUCCCUCCACCUCUCUCUCCCUAGGAUUCCAUUCAUCAAACAAACCCAACAAAUUCAAGUAAAUGACCUGAAACGUCGCACAGUAUAACUCAGUGCUGAAGAAGGUGGUGUGACUUGCAUGCUAUUUGUUAGUUGGUACUUCCUGUCAUACUAACGUAUAUGUCAUUUCCCUGCUUUUUAUAGAAAUUCAGUUAACUACUCACGAGUACUUGACUACUCACGAGUACUUGACUACUCACGAGUACUUGACUACUCACGAGUACUUGACUACUCACGAGUAACUUCUCUGCGAGUACUCGAGUAGAAAAAUCCUCUACUCGCCCAGGCCUAGUCAUAAGUGAAUAGGUGUGCCCUAGGCACCAAUUUUGAAACCACCUUCAAUGUGAGUUUUCCUCCAAAUGAUACCAUUUAAGACAAAAUAAUUUCACAGGGGUAUUUGAUACCAGUCCUAUCUUCACUUUGAGCACGGUUUCUGUCAUUAAAUAAGCCAGUUUUGUAUCUCGAUGAUAUAGUCCAUGUCAAAGGUCAUUCAGGAUAAAAUCGCUGACGUGAUGAUACUUGAUGUUACGCGGACGCCCAUUCUGCUUGUAAUUAACACGCGAGCGUCGUGCGUCCGGGUGCGUGUACACGUCUAUGCGCAUUUAUGAGCGUUCGAUUAUCCUGAAUGACCCGUGACCCAUAUGUUUGUGCUCAUGCGCACACUGUGCUCAUGCGCACACUGUGCUCAUGCGCACGCUGUGCUCCUGCGCAGUUGAAAUACCAAACUGGCUUAUUGGUAGAGACUUUUCCUGGUAAUUCAAAAUGAUCCAACAUGGCUUUAAGAUGGGGUGAAAUAGUCUGGUACCCAUGAAGCAAGGACAGACUGUACAUUGACAUACAUACGUCCAAUUUCUUUUUUGCGUCGGAAGGAAGAGGUUUAUCUUCAACAAUGUCAUGGGUAGGGAGCUGAAGACAUUAUUUGUGCUAACAUUUUAUAAUUGUGCAGAAUUUUGGCCAAUAAUCGGAACGAUAAAAUUGUCCACUAUUCCAGUGUGUGUAUAUAUGCUAUUUUAACUGGACAAGUCAGUCCACUAUUUAAUGUAAUAAUUCAUAUUGAAAUAAUGCGGAAAUUUUGGAAUUUUGACAUUCGUUAAAUAUUUAAAGCUAUUAAGGAAAAUACAGUUUAACCUUGAAAAGUGAAAUGUUUCCAAAAAGUGCUUUUUAGAAGGGAAGGAUGCUGACAAUUGAAAUCAUAGAAAGUUGGAAUAUUUCCACUGUUUGCUGAAAUGGAAUAUGCUUUUGCGUCAUCCUAUGUUCUAAUUAACUGAGAACGCUAAUUAGACUAUGAGGUGUAUCUCUAAAAAAUCAAAAAUGUUGCACCACGAAGUGGUGUAUCGCAAUACGCCGUUUUACACGCUAAUUCCCAUAGUGCUAUGACGUCACCAAGGAACGUCGACAUGAAAAGUGUGAAUUUAGCGUUUCACAAAACCGACGUAUCUCCGUAUCUGGCACACAGCCACCAUUACGCGCAUUGUAUGAAAUACGAUAAACAUGAUAAAAAUCUGUUUCACAAAGUGACGUGUAUCUUGGGAACUGAAUUUCUCAAAAACUAAGCAACUCAGAUGCACACGGAUUGCAUACAAUAAAGUUUAAUCUAUGAUGUACUAGCAAAAACGAAACAGUUUGAAUUCUUACACAGGGAGUAUAUGGAAUGAGCCUACAAAAUAAUGACCGACUUAAAAUCGAUUUUUCUCAAAACACAAAAAAAUGUGAUACGUCGGUUCAUGGUGCAACCAACGAUAUUUUGUAAGUUAAUCGAACGCACUAUUUGAUAACUCUGUUUUUCAUUCUUGAAGGUGUACUAUGCACCGAGUCCAUACAGGGCAUUUUUAUGUAUACGUUUUGCAAGAACAGGUGUUUUGUCAACACAUUGGAAACAGGUGGUGAAAUGUCAACAAAGCAUAUUUACCACACCACAAAGUGACAGAUCAACCAAAAUUAU